AUGGCGACGGCGACGGCGACGCGCGCGAGCGACGACGCGUUCGAGUACCGCGCGCGGCGAACGAGCGCGGGGGGGUAUUAUCGCCCGACGGCGUCGAGCGAUGGACGCGCGGGCGCGACGUACGAGGUCGCGGAACGCGGCGGCGAGCACGCGGAGGAAGAGACGAGGACGCGGAGGUUCGACACGGCGUCGGCGCGCGGCGUGACGACGUUCGACGCGCGGACGUGCGAGGCGAUCGAGUUCGUGCCGAUCGACGCGUGGUCGCGGGAUAAGGCGAAUUUUGAAAAGUUGCGGUCGAUGCGAACGUUUCGACUGCACAGACUGUGGAAGGCGUUCGCGACGAUGCGCGCGCACGCGCGAAGGAGAAAGUUUCGGCGCGCGCGCGCGCGGUUUAAGGAAUCGUCCGCGAUUUACGGUGAUGCGUUCGCGGGAUACGCCGUUCCGACGAUGAUGCGCGUGUACGACGCGUGUCACUCGAUCGCGCGAGACGCGCGCGUGUUUCGGCGCGAGGAAGCGCCGGCGACGAAGGUCGAAGAAUCGUACGAGUUCGACGACGAAGCGAAUCUCGCGCCGGCGACGUACGACGCGCGAGCUCUGUUCGAGACUCUGCUACGACUCGCAAACGAAGGCUCGACGCACAUUCGUGACGUCGCGUCGGCGAUUUCCAGCGAUGUGGAAAUCGCCAAAGACGCGAUCGAGCGACGAUUUCUCGCCGAUUUGGAUGAGCGUCUACAGCCCAUGAUCGCGGCGACGAAGCGGUACCGUCGACGAUCGAGCGGAACGAACGGUGGAAAGCCAGCGCUCGCGCCCACGAUCGGCGACGAUCGACUUGUGACGGCGUCAGAGUCGAGAGACGCGUAUCCUUACACCGAGCGCGCGCUCGUGGCGGCGCUUCGAAUGAAGCUGGAAUCUUUCGAGCGCUCGAUUUGGAUGUGUUUUCGAGUCGCGAUUUCGCGCGCGAGAGACGCAUCGCUCGAAGAACUCACCGCGUACGUGAGGGAUGCGCGUUCGUCGGAGUCAGCGAUAUUUCAAACCACGUUUGAUUUCGAAACGUCCGCGCUCGUACCGAGCUCGGAUGCGUUCGAGCGAGCGAUUCGAGACGGCGCCGCCGCCUGGACGUCGUCCUCGCUCGGCGAGCGCGUCGGCGACGCCGUCGAUUUGCGCUCGCUCGAGGAUGAAGAGUUUGAAAAUCGCAUCGAUAAAUUUUGUGACCUCGUCCGCGACACGUUCGCGAGCGCGCAAGAGGCGUUGCUGGUCGUCGAGACGCGGUUGCGCGAAAAAUCGCCAGACGCCGUCGCGGACGCAGACGGAGGCGAUGACGAAUCGUCGAUGAUUGAACGUUUGAGCGAGAUCGUGGCGCGUUCGAAUGCGUUCAAGAAGGAAGUCGACGCGUUGCCAGGAUCGAUUCGUCCGAACGACGGCGCGAUCGCCGUGGACAUCGUAUCGCUGAAGCGCGCUUUGAAACCGGUGGCGUCGGCGACGAUUGACUCCGCGUGCCGAACCGCCGUGGAUUGGGCGGCCGAACGCGCGCAGACGAUCGCGCAGAAGUUCACGCGCGUGAAAACCCUCGAUGAUAACGACGAUGAGACCAAGUUGAGUAAGAUCCGUGAUCUCCGCGACGAGGCGCGAGAGCUCGAGAAUGUGCAUUUGGCGAUGAAACGACUCGGCGCAAACAUUCCGGAUUUCGACCGCGCGGCGUUCAAAGGCGUCGUGGAGGAGAUCGAAAACGCGCUCGCGGGUGACGACGGUGGCUACGAAAAAGAUGAAACAAAGCACGGCGGCGAUCGUUGA